GUAAUCUCUACAAAGAUCGUUGAUGAUUAACCAAACAAACAAAAAUCUCCAAUAGCUUUUGAAUGUACAAAUAAAAAUGAGAUCAUAUCAAUGUACAGAGAGCAUUUGGUAAUAUAAUUAUUAUUUUUAAAAGGAAUUUAAAAGGUAGAGCAUUUUAAUUGGCGUAGAGAUGGGAAGAAGAAGAAGAAGAACAAGGACAUAAAAAGGAUUUGGGGAACAUUUUGGCUGCAAUUUAUUCUCAAACCUUAUGAGUGAGAUCUCUCUUAAUCAUUCUCUCUUUCUUCUCUCCUCUGUGAUGUGAGGUUUCGAAGAUCCUUCUCUGAUUCCUCAUCAAACUCAGAUCAGUAGCGGACCCAAGUAAGAACACCUAAUUAGGGUUUCUUUUUGUUCGUGUUCCAUCGGUUAAUCUAAUACCAGAUUGAGUUCCAUUGGUACUUUUGUUGUUCCUUUCGGAGAUAAUACGAUUCAUGAUCGAUCAUAUUUUCAAGGAAUGAUCUUUGCUAUUCUUAGGAUUCAUAUUAUUUGAUCAAUGCGUUUCUUAUAUUCAUUUUCACCAUUCAGGAUCAUCUACCAAUCCAUAAGUUUCAUUAGGGUUCACAUUGAGACUUGAGCUAGAGAAAACAUGUUUUUGUAGCUGCUUGAGAAUUUGUUCUUGUGUGAAACAAUUGGUUCCUUGUUUUUGAUUUAUUGCAGAUAGGAUCAAAGCAAACGAGGUUUCAAUUUAGAGUUUUUUAAAGCUCAAAUCUCGGUUGCUUCGGUUGAACUUCUUGAUACACUGUCUCGUUUUGAGUUCUUGUUAGGUCAUUCCUUUAGAGAGAUAUAUGGCAGAGGUGAAGGAUCAAUUAGAGAUUAAGUUCCGGCUUAACGAUGGUUCUGAUAUCGGUCCUAAAUUGUUUCCUGAUGCUACUACCGUUGCUACAUUGAAAGAAACCGUUGUUGCUCAGUGGCCAAGAGAUAAGGAGAACGGGCCAAAGACAGUGAAAGAUGUUAAACUGAUAAGCGCGGGUAGAAUAUUGGAGAACAACAAAACGGUUGGAGAUUGCAGGAGUCCCGUCGGCAAUUUCUCAGGUGCUGUCACCACAAUGCAUGUUAUAAUUCAACAUCAAGUUACUGAAAAAGAAAAGAAGAAGAAGAAGCCUAAAGGUGAUCUGAAACAGAACAAAUGUGUCUGUUUAUGUUUUGGAGCUCGUUGUUAACAAUUGUGCAAGACAAGUAGAGAGAGUUAAAAAAGCUUGGGAGAUUCACAUUCUGUUCUUGAGCCUUCUUCAAUACCUUUUGCUCUUGUUCCUUGUAAUUCUUUUUUCUGACAUGACAUGACAUGAUUGGCUUUUUGAUCGCUUGAGGUUUGGUUUCUAUUGUAUUUCGGAUUCGCAACACCGUGGAAAUUAUUAGGUAACAAACAAAUUUGCACGGAAUAAAGUGAAUCAUCACGAAAUAUAACUUGACAUAAUUUCCGUGGUUAA